AUGGCGUUUACGGUGAUUUCGGCCAAGUACCCGACAAACGUUGAUCCAACACGAACUCCACUAGCGUAUGGCGAUCGGGCCAUACCUCGUUUGAACAGAGAACUCAAGGAUGAGAACGUUAUUGUACGACAGAGGGCAGUUAUGGCUCUUUCUGAUUACCUCCAUGACCCAGAACAUAUUGCAGACGCACUGAGACUCGGUCUUGGGGAAACUUUAAAAAUAUGUCUCAGUGACAGUGAUUUCACUGUUCGGUGGAAAGCUGUUGAAUGUCUCUGCACAAUGGCAGCAUACGCAAUUGGAAGAGAUUCCUUUUUGAAGCUGGAGACGAUCUAUCCAGUAGCUAAUCUGUUUGAAGACCGCAAAGACAUCGUUCGGAAGUAUGCACAUAUGUGUCUUUUGAGGAUUUCUGAAACACCGCCAGGUGCUGCAAGUAUUGUUGAAGCACAGUUAAUUUUGCCAUUAGUAGAAAAACUGCAGAAAGAACUUGAUGAGAUCAAGGAGCUGAUUCUAGACACACUGCACUUUUGCAUACAGGAAGACAUACCGAGCGCACUCGAAGCUAGAGCCAUGCAAGUCAUUACCAUGCUUCUGAAGCAUGACCUGGCUGUGAUCAGAGGAAAGGCAGCCAGAGAUAUCAUGGACCUUAGUGUGUCACUGGAAGGCAAGAACAUGGCUGUUGAAUGUGGAGCUGUACAACUUCUCCGUCACAUGCUUGUCGACCAGUCAGCAGAAGUCAGAGCAAAAGCUGCUGGAGCCCUCAUGAUGAUUGCCAUAACAACAAAAGGAAAAUAUACAGCCAUCCAUUCACUGGCCAUCAAGCCUCUAACAGACCUAGUAGACGACAUUAACAGUGAAGUUAGACUCAAUGCAAUCAAGGCAUUGACUUGUAUAGCUGAAGCUCCCGAAGGACGUCGAGAGCUGUUACAGUACACCAACAAGAUUCGCAACCAUGAAAAAGAUGCAAUAGCAGCGGUAGCUAAGGCAGCUCAUAUUGCAGUCAAAGUGAUAACCUGGCUCCCGUAG